CCCGCCAGGCGCUCCGCCCGCGGCGGCAGCGUCAGUGACUGCAGCGAUGCCACGACCUCGUCGGAGCUCGACGACCUCUCCUCAACCACCGCCAACAACAACAACAACAGCAGCAGCAACAACAGCAACAACAACAACCACCACCACCACCACCUGCUCCUCCUUGAGGAGGCCCGUCGCCACGGAGCCGCCGCCGCAGCCGCCGCCGCCGCCGCCUCUUCGUCGUCCGUCGCCGCCUCCUCCUCUGCCUCCACCGCCUCAGCAGCCACCGCCGCCGCUCCUCCGUCGUCGUCGUCGGCGGCGUCCGCCGCGAUGCUGCCCCCCCAGCCGCUGACGCAGUCCCUCGGCCACCACGGCCACCACCACCACCACCCCCACCACGGCCACCACCACCACCACCACCACGGCCACCAUCACGGUGGCAGCCAGCAGCAGCAGCAGCAGCCUCAGCAGCAGCAGCCUCAGCACUUCCCGUUUCACUUCGGCGUCGCCGGGAGCCUGGGCCCGGUGUUCCGUUCCUUCCUCCCUUCCUCGUCCUCCUCCACCUCCUCCUCCACCUCCUCCUCGUCGUCCUCCUCCUCGUCGUCCUCGCGGCUCCUCUCGGCACCCCCCUCCUCCUCCUCCUCCUCCUCCUCGGCCGCCGUUGGCAGCCACCCGCACCACAACAGCAGCAACAGCAGCAGCAGCAACAAUCAUCUGCAUCACCACCACCAGCAGCAGCAGCAGCAGCAGCAGCGGGCCGCCGAUCCCCUCAGCCCCUUCUCGCCGCCGCUGCCCGCCGGCUCGCUGCCCUUCUCGCCGCCAUCGCCGUCGACGCUCUGCAGCCCCAUCGGCGGAGCCCUCGGCCCUCCCUCAGGAGGCGGCGGAGGCGGCCACUUCUCGUUCUCGGCGGAGGAUCUCAAGCGGUACCUGGAGGCGCACGCGAGGUCCGUUUACAACUACCACCUCUCCCCGCGGACGUUCCCCCACUACCCCCUGCACGCCUCUCUGGCCGCCUCCUGGGGCGGAGGAGGAGGAGGCGGAGGAGGUGGAGGAGGAGGAGGAGGAGGAGGAGGAGGAGGAGGUGGAGGAUUGUUGGUCGUGCCCCAGCCUCAGCGAAUCGGGGGGCCGGCCGGAGGGGGCGGCGGCGGUGGAGGUGGAGGACUCCUCCUGCCGGGGGGCUCCGGCUCCGCCAUGCCCCUGUCCCCGGCGUUUCACCACCACCACCACCAGCAGCAGCAGCAGCAGCAGAACCUGUUGCACUUUCUGUCGCUGCAGCAGCAGCAUCAUCAUCAGCAGCAGCAGCAGCAUUAUCAGCAGCUGCACCACCAGCUGCAGCAUCAUCAGCAUCAUCAUCAUCAUCAGCGGCAGCAGCAGCGGCGGCAAGAGCCUGAGGACUUGGAUGACGAGGGAGAAUCCGGUUUCAAAUUCAAACUCCAACCACCGCCCUUGGGACGCAAGGGGAAGAUGGCCGCCGCGGCUGCGGCCGCGGCUGCCGCGGCUGCCGCGGCCGCAGCCUCAGCCGCAGCCUCCGUCGAUGAUGACGAUGACGCUGAUGGCGGUGGUGGCGGAGGAGAAGCAGGCCGGGGGGUUACCACGGCGACGGGAGCCGGAGGGGGAAUCCGCGGUGAGCCGUCCGCGGUUUCGCGGCCGUUGCCCUCCCCCCCGCGCCACCACCGCCACCACCGCCUCCACCACCGCCCGUCGUCGUCAUCGUCAUCGUCGUCGUCGUCCCCGGGGGGUGGCGACGAUGAUGACGUCACCACCACCGUGGAGGUGACGGACAUCAGCGAUGAGGAGCCGGAGUUGGCUCCGGACGAGCUGGACGACGUCGAGGAGGACGUCGAGGAGGAGGAGGACGAGGAGGACGACGAUGUGUUCGGAGCGACGGAGACGGAGACGUCGGCGGCGUCCAUCGGGAGCGGGGAGCCUCGCGGGGCAAACCGGAAUCCCGCGGGGGCGGGCGGCGACCAGGAGGAGGAGGAGGAGGAGAGGGGCAGAUGUCGAGACGGAGGCGGUGUCGAGAUUCCGUUUGGGGCGUCGUCAUCAUCGUCAUCGUCGCCGCGUUUGGGCGUAGCCGCGUCAGCAGCAGCAGCAACAACAACAACGACAACACUAGCAACAGCAACAACAACAACAACAUCACGGAAUCCCGUGGACAGGAAGCGGACCCCCGUGGACAGGAAGCGGACCCCCGUGGACAGGAAGCGGACCCCCGUGGACAGGAAGCGGACCCCCGUGGACAGGAAGCGGACCCCCGUGGACAGGAAGUGGACCCCCGUGGACAGGAAGCGGACCCCCGUGGACAGGAAGUGGACCCCCGUGGACAGGAAGUGA